AUGGAUGUUUCUGAUUCCCGCACUAAGAGGAAAAGAAGCGAUCGCCGCACCGCUGCUCCCACCCAUGCACCGGUGGCUACAUCUCGCACUAACCUUCCCCCAAUUCAGCCUCUAACGCGUUAUGUAAUUCGUCUAAACCAAGAUGGGUCUUUUCCGCGGCACCAACCCAAAUUCGAAAAGGGAACCACAACUCUUGCUUUUGUUUUUGAAGAAGGAAUCAUUUUAGCUGCAGAUCAUUCCAGCCAAUCAUCAAAGUAUUCGAAGAACAUUGUUGAACUCAAUUCUCACAUGCUUGCCUCUAUAUGUGGAGGAAAUGAGUUUCUUCUUCAAGAGCUGCAAGAGAAGGAGCGUGGCCUGUAUCCCAUGAACGGUGAAGGGGAAUUGGUUUCAAAGAAUAUGCUUUCCACUGGAUCUGGUUCAAGGGCUGCUCUUGUCGUGAAGACUAUACUCAAACCCAAUAUGUCCGUAACUGAAGUUGCAGAUUCAGCCAAAAGGGCCAUAUGCAUUGCUGCAUAUAGGGCUCCUGAAAGUGGGGAUAUAUGUACCGUCUACCACUUAGGAUGUGGCGGGUGCAACAAGCUCCUUGAGGAUGAUAUAAAAGAACGGCAAGAGGCAAACAUCCAAGGCUCAAGGGUGAAGUACGAGAUUAUUGGAAAUGGACCAAAGUCUAUUGAUUCUGCCAGUGGAUGUGCCAAGCCUUUUAAGCCGCAUACCCCUAAAACAGGAACCACGGCUCUGGCUUUUAUUUUUGAAGCAGGUAUCAUGGUAUCUACUGAUCAUUCAAGCGAAUCAUCAGAGUCUGCCGAGAACGUUGUUGAGCUCAAUCCUCACAUGCCUGCCACCAUAUCUGGAGGAAGCGAGUUUUUGCUCAAGACCUGCAAAAGAAGGUACAUACUUGCUCCCAUUGAGCGCGGGCUAUAUUGCAUGAAUGGUAAAGGGGAACUGGCGGUUGAAGGUGAUAUACAAGCCACUGGAUCUGGAUCACGUGCUGCUAAUUUUCUGCAGAUUGGUCUUACACGCAAAAUGUCAGUAACUGAAGCUGCAGACUUGGCCAAAUUAGCUAUAUGCCUUAGUGCAUAUACAGCUACUCAUAAGGGGGAUGUUUUUAGGGUUUACCACAUUGGAAGUGGCGGGUGCAACAAGCUCCUUGAGGGUGAGAUAUAA